AUGAAGGUCUCACAUUAUUUCAAUACACUCGCCCUAGCAACGCUAGUCAGCGGCCAUGGAUACUUGACGACUCCUAAGAGUCGUACCCGUCUCGGAAGUGAAGCUGGUAUCGACACUUGUCCGGAAUGUUCUAUCCUUGAACCUGUUACCGCAUGGCCAGACCUCUACGCCGCCAAAGUCGGACGAAGCGGUCCAUGCGGUUACAAUGCCCGUGUCAGCGUUGACUAUAAUAAGCCAGGGAGUGCCUGGGGUAAUGCACCAGUCGCCACCUACACCGCAGGCGAUGUCAUCACUGUCCAGUGGUGCGUCGACAACAACGGUGACCACGGUGGAAUGUUUACCUACCGUAUCUGCCAAGAUCAAGCACUUGUGGAUAAGUUCCUCGACCCUAAUUAUACUCCUACGAUUGCCGAAAAGGAAGCGGCAGAAGCCUGCUUCGAACAGGGUAUUCUGAGCUGUAAGGAUGUUAGCGGACAGAGUUGUGAUUAUUCGCCCGAUUGUCAGCAAGGUCAAGCAUGCUACCGAAAUGACUGGUUCACUUGCAAAGGAUGGGAAAGCGGUAGAUGCCAAGCUGUCGACGGAGCAGGGCUCAACUCCUGCUACACUAGUAUUGCGGGUGGUUAUACUGUGACCAAGAAGAUCAAGAUUCCAAACUACGUUUCUAGCCACACGCUGCUCUCGUUCAAGUGGAACUCUUUCCAAACCGCACAGGUUUAUCUACAUUGCGCAGAUAUCGCCAUUCUUCCCUCCGGUGGCACUACAACUUCCAGGGCUUCUACUACUUUCAGCACUUCAUCGACAACGUCCUUGACCGCUUGUUCAGGAGCUGAAACUGUUACCAAAACUGUUACAGCAGCCGCUUGCCCGUCAUCUGUUGCUGUUACCUUCAAAGAACUCGUUACCACUGUCACCGGUCAAGAUAUCUACGUCGUUGGUUCAAUCUCUCAACUCGGAAGCUGGAAUGCUGCAAACGCAAUCCUUCUUUCUGCUUCGCAAUACACUAGUUCGAACCCUCUGUGGUUUGGAACUGUCAACAUCCCUGCCGGUACUUCUUUCACAUACAAAUAUAUUAGGAAGAGUGGGUCGACCGUUACCUGGGAGAGUGAUCCAAAUCGCUCUUACUCUGUUCCGUCAUGUGCUUCGACGGCUACUGUCUCAGAUACUUGGAGGUAG